AUGUUUUGGUAUUUCAUCUAUUUUAUCGUUUUGAUAGCUUUCUAUCAGCUUAUAAAUUUGAUAUAUAGAAGAUGGAUUGUCAGAGAAGAACCAACACAAAGUACAGCAAUUUUAAUUACAGGAGGCGCACAAGGUCUUGGAAGAGAAACUGCCUUAAUUUAUGCCCAGAAAAGGUGCAAAAUCGCUAUAUGGGAUAUAAAAUAUGAUCUCCUUGAUAAAGUAAAAUCAGAAAUAACUCAAGCUGGAGGAACUGCAUAUUGCUAUAAAUGUGACAUUUCUGAUAGACAAGAGGUAGAAAAUACCGCACGACGGACAUUAGAUGAUAUGGGGAAAAUUGAUAUUUUAAUUAACAAUGCCGCUAUAGCAACACAUUUACACCAUGACGAAAUCAAAGAAAAUCACUUCAGGAAGCUUCAUGAAAUUAACUAUCUAGGACACGCAUGGGUUACUUUAGCAUUUUUACCCCAUGUCAGACAUAUAACGGUUAUAGCUUCAGUGCUUUCUUUUAUUCCUGCUUUAAAAGAAAGUGAUUACUGUGCAAGCAAAGCAGCAAUAAAUGCAUAUUUUUCUUCGUUGAGAAUUGAGCUUAAAGCAAGAAAAAGCCCGGUAAAGGUAACGAUUGUAUAUCCUUAUCAUAUUUUUACAAAAAUGUUCAAUGAUAUGAAAUUUGGGCAUGUGAAAUAUCUAUUGCCAAGCCAAAAACCAGGUGAUGUUGCAAAAGCAAUUUAUAAUGGAAUUUGUGAGAAAAGGGAAGAAAUUUUUGUGCCUGGGUAUGCCAAAGUGUUAUGUUUGAUUGCGUUGAGCUUUCCGAGUGAAGUUAGGGAUUGGGGGAAUGAGUUAUUAUUUAGAGAUGCCUGUGAGAGCUUAAAGCCAUUAGCUUAUAAUUAA